AUGAGUAGCAGCUUGGACGAUCAACAACUUUCAUCGAUGCAAACAACAUCAGAACUUGGUGAUUCACGGAAAAAGUUAGGACAAGUGAAAUGCUGCGUACAUGGGCGGCCAUGUGCCAUUGCAUCAAGACUGUCACGGGAAAAGGAAGAAGCCACUCGUCACCUUUCAUCAAAUUCAUACAUCUCGAUAGAUUCUGAGCACAGAAGUAUUUCUGAGAAGGCUAAGCCACAUGUUCAUGAUGAUAUUUCGUACAAUUUAUGCAGAAAGGUUGAACGUGGAACGUUGGAUGUCCCAAUACGUACGUGGAAUUCUUGUGCUCCUCAUGUAUCUUCGUCCGCUAUCACCGAUUCUGAAUCCUUUACACAUACUCCUGAAACAGGAAGCACGAGAUCGUUACGUAUUCCCAGUAAAGAAAGACAUACCAGACGAAGGGAGGAACACGUAUGUUUAUCUCGAUCAACGAAUGCAUCAUCCAUUAAUCAAGAGAAAAAGCGAAUCAUCUCAAAAGAAGGAUAUGGCGGAUAUGAAAUGAUGCGUCCAAGCACUUUAGCACCGCCACCAAUGUCUGCAGAAGAGGCAUUAUGGACAGCGAGAACAUGUGGUUCAAUGGAAGUAUCACCAUCAAUGCAAGCCUAUAUUGGAGUAAUGACCGCAAAACAAGCUGAGGAAUAUGUUAUCAAGCCUGCUUCAUUUAAACUCUACCAUAUGAUGCCAGAAAUUAAAUCGUUAAAUAAUGUCCUACCAGCACUUGGCCUUUUUAUUAUUUAUCGAAGUUGUACAGAUCGUGUAUAUCAUUAUCCAAUCAAACAACGUAAGCAAAAUGUGGACUACUCAAAGACAAGAUCCAAACUUCCAAUGCUUACCAAUCUUCGAGUAGAAUAUGGUGAUCCAUUGGCACCAUGGUUUUUCACUCUCGAUGCAUUGGUCAACUACUAUAACGUUUAUGUACACUUACAUAAAGUGGAUGGCGAAUGUGUUGCAGAUAUAUUUCCAGUUAAUGAAAUGCAGCGCAGCGGUAAAUCAUAUGAACAUGAAUCAUCACUGAUUCAUUAA